AUGGUCGCUGAUACCGCCUAUUAUGACGCCUUGGGCGUCGCGCCCACUGCUACUGAGCUUGAGAUCAAGAAGGCGUACCGCAAGCUUGCGAUCACCACCCAUCCCGACAAGAAUCCCGGCGACGAAACCGCACACGAACGAUUCCAGGCGAUCGGUGAAGCCUACCAAGUUCUCAGCAACGAAGACCUACGAAAGCGAUAUGACAAAUUCGGCAAGGAGGAAUCUGUCCCCGGUGGGGGUUUCGAGGACCCGUCCGAAUUCUUCAGCAUGAUUUUCGGUGGCGAGGCGUUCGUUGACCUCAUCGGCGAGAUCUCUCUCAUGAAAGACCUGACCGCGACUAUGGACAUCACGAUGGAGCAGAUGGAGGAGGAGGAACUUGCCGCUUCGGCCGAAGAGAAGCUCAACAUUCACGACGAGGAGAUGAAGGCUACUGGCGCCGAAGGUGCGACCACUGAGGGUGCCGCCGCCGAGGCUUCUUCAGCAGCCGAGGCCGGGAAGCCUGAAGCCCAAGCUCCUACGGCAGCCUCUGGCCAGAGCUCGGGUGCCAGCACGCCCCGACGAUACAUGGGUCAACAGGCUCUCAUGGACAAGUCCGAGGAGGAGGCGCGCAUGGAGGCAGCUGGUCUGUCGCAGGAGGAGAAGGAGCUCCGCAAGAAGGAGAAGAAAAAGGGGUUGUCCAAGGAGCAACAGGAGCGCCUCAACGCGUUUGAGGAGGAGCGGCGAAAGGCCCGCGAGGAGCGCGUUAACACUCUAGCCAACAAGCUGGUUGAUCGUCUGAGUGUCUGGACCGAGACCGACAAGGGCAAGGAUGUGACAUAUGCUUUCGAGGAGAAGAUUCGCCUGGAGGUUGAGAACCUCAAGAUGGAGUCCUUCGGUUUGGAGAUCCUGCACGCCGUCGGCGCCACCUACACGCAGAAGGGUACCUCCUUCCUCAAGUCGCAGAAGUUCCUCGGUAUCUCCGGCUUCUUUUCGCGUCUCAAGGACAAGGGCACUCUCGCCAAGGAGACCUGGACCACCAUCUCCACCGCUAUUGACGCCCAAAUGACCAUGGAGGAGAUGGCCAAAUUGGAGGAACGCGGCGGUGAGGACUGGACGGAUGAGAAGAAGGCCGAGUAUGAAAAGAAGGUGACCGGCAAGAUUCUCGCUGCGGCAUGGCGUGGCAGCAAAUUUGAGAUUCAAAGUGUCCUACGUGAGGUUUGCGACCAGGUUCUCGGCGACAAGCGAAUUCGUUUGGAGAAGCGCGUCGAGCGCGCUCAUGCGCUGGUCCUCGCAGGAAACAUCUACGCUAAGGCCGCGCGAGACCCCGAAGAGGAGGGUGACUACAUGGCGUUUGAACAGUUGAUGGCUGAGGCUAUGUCCAAGAAGGGCAAGGAUGAGAAGAAGAAGGAAAAGAAGAAGUCCAAGCACGGCCACCACGACUCCGAGGAGCAUGAGCACACCUCGGAGCAGCCUACUGCUUGA